AGUUGUAAUUCUGAUAGUAUAGUUGUAAUUCUAAUAAUGUAAUUGUAAUUCUGAUAGUAUAGUUGUAAUUUUGAUAGUAUAGUAUAGUGAAAUUGUGAUAAUGUAAUGGUAAAAGGAUAGUAUAGUGAACUGUGGUAAAUAUGAUUGUAAAGUUGUAAGUCUGAUAGUAUAGUGGUAGAUAUGAUAGUAUAGUUGCAAAUAUGAUAGUAUAGUAUCAAAUAUGAUAGUUUCAUGGUAAAUAUGCUAGUAUAGUUGCAAAAACGUCCACUUAUUUGUAUGGUCCUUCUUCUGGUUCUCCUCUAGCCUUUGUGUAUGUCUCGUUGGCUCGACCAGAACACAGUCCUCCCCACGUUUGUCUGGUAAGAACCUGACAGUGUAGGGAAACCAUUGACAGUUGACAGAAUAGUUUUAAACACUGGCACUAGCAGUCGUGUCUUUAGAUGGACAUAACGUAAGACAGACUCUAAUUCUUAUUGUGCUAUUUAAGUAGUUAGCACAAGGCAUGGUCGGUAGUAAAUUUAAGCCAACUGCACAUGGUAUCAGACAACAUUGACAUGGCCCGUCUGUGAGCGUCAAAUUAUGUUUGGCCAAUGAAGGCCUAGUUAUAUAUGAAAUAUGGUCGUUUAGUUUUAUCUGGACAAUGUUGUACCAUAAUCAUCAAGCAAGGGAGAGCAGGGCUAGAUUUAAAAUUAAAAAAAACAACAACUCUAAGCUAAAUCAGGGCCAUGUGUCAUUACAUCAGUUAUGAGUAUCUCUAUUUACUAUUAUUAUUAUCAUCAUCAUUAUUACUGUAACAACUACUAAUGUUGAAGUCUAUCAGAGCCGGCAGUAAAUCUAUUCACGCCACACCCCACCCCCCACCAAAGAACUCAAUAUCUGGCUUAGAAUUGACAGUUAACCCAAUCACGCCCACCACAGAACUCAAUUUCUGACGCCCUCUUGCGUCAUGUCCAAUAAUUUAAAAUUCAUAAGGGUGCCUCUUAGAGUUGUUUUUAUCGCAUUGUUGUAACCUUUGCACUCUCCGUCACCUUUAUGAAAGGUGACAGUUAACCCAAUCACGCCCACCACAGAACUCAAUUUCUGACGCCCUCUUGCGUCAUGUCCAAUAAUUUAAAAUUCAAAAGGGUGCCUCCUAGAGUUGUUUUUAACGCAUUGUUGUAACCUUUGCACUCUCCGUCACCUUUAUGAAAGCUCCGUCGACCAUUUCUGAUUUCCGUACAUUCUUUCAGAUGACGUUUUUAUAUGACGUCGAUAUGACGUCGAUAUGACGUUUAUAUGACGUGGAUAUAACGUUUAAAUGACGCGGAUAUGACGUUGUUUAAAUGACGUGGAUUAUGACGUUUAUAUGACGUGUAGAUAGCGUUGUGUACACAGACACAAAUCAGGACGGUAGGAAGCGUGUUUUCAAAAGGUGUUUGUCGCACUAGAAGGUCAAGGUCGUGUCGAAGAUGUGACCAGCAAGCUAUGACCUGAAAGAUGUGAAGAAAAAGAUGAAAUGAUCAAUUGCCACGUUGAUGACACAAACAAAGCAAAGGGAUCGAUGGAAUAAUUAAGGUGGCAAGGACCUUCCAUUCAGCAUUGUAUGAGCUGUCAAUUUAGGUAUGUAAGAGUGGUCAAUUCAUUAUUGUACAAGAAGUCUAUUUAGCAAUGUAUAAGUAGUCUAGUCGGCUGUGCAAGAGCAGUCAAUUCGACUAUUUAAGAGCAGUCUAUUCAGAAGUGUUCAAGCAGUCGAUUCAGCUGUGUAAGAGCAGUCGAUUCAGCUGUGCAAGAGCAGUGGAUUCAACUGUGUAAGAGCAAUCUAUUCAAUAUUGUACAAGCAGUCAAUUCAGCUGUAAAUGUCGCGAUGACAUCGAUCAUACAAGAGUACACAUUUACUUAGUCCAAUGCAUCUUACCCAGACCCAAGCUAAUUAUCACAUACACAUUCACUUAGUCCAGUGAAUCUUACCAGACCAAAGUCAUUUAUCACAUUUUUUGAAAAAAAAAAACAUUUGCCAGGAAUAACCCUAAGACAUUGCACGAUGUCACAAGCCGCUGGACCAGGAACCGAGUUCUCCAUUGACCACAUUGGAGGUGAGAGGAAGUCUGUGCUCGUCUCGGAGUCCGGGACAUCAUCAGGGCCGAGAUGUCGUGUGACAGGAUUGACUGAAAGGUGAGAGGGAGAAGCUUGCUUUUUUGUCCGGUUACCGGAGCUUAGCCACACUUAAAAAUGUCCUCAGUGUCGAAAGUGUCAACUGUUUUACUAACGUUACUGCGCCAUGUUUAUGUUCUGAAGUGAACGAGCAACCCUGAUAAAAUCCUGGACCAAGAUGAAGGGAGCAACGCUUGAGGACUUGCACGAGCUUGGUUUGAACUUGGUGUUAUGGUGAGUUAUUGGGAUUAAAUUGGUGUUAUGGUGUGUUAUUGGGAUUAAAUUGGUUUUAUGGUGAAUUAUUGGUUUAAAUUGUUUUUUGGGGGGUGAAUUAUUGGUUUAAAACUGGUGUCAGGGUGGGUUGUUGGUUUAAACGGAAUGUUAGGGUGAGUUAUUGGUUUAAAACUGGGGUCAGGGUGGGUUAUUGGUUUAAACGUGGUGUCAGGGUGGGUUAUUGGUUUGAAACUGGUGUCAGGGUGGGUUAUUGGUUUAAAACUGGUGUCAGGGUGGGUUAUUGGUUUAAAACUGGUGUCAGGGUGGGUUAUUGGUUUAAACGUGGUGUCAGGGUGGGUUAUUGGUUUAAAACUGGUGUCAGGGUGGGUUAUUGGUUUAAAACUGGUGUCAGGGUGGGUUAUUGGUUUAAACGUGGUGUCAGUGUAGGUUAUUGGUUUAAAACUGGUGUUAGGGUGGGUUAUUGGUUUAAAACUGGUGUCAGGGUAGGUUAUUGGUUUAAACGUGGUGUCAGGGUGGGUUAUUGGUUUAAACGUGGUGUCAGGGUAGGUUAUUGGUUUGAAUUUUUUUAAUUCUCCUCCCCUCUUAUUAUUUUCCUCCUUUGUCCCUUCAGUUCUUCAUUGUCUCGGUCACUCUUAUCUGGUGUCUUUCUCACUCUCAAUUUCUAUUCCACUGUUUUCACCACUCACUAUCACUAUCACCCCACCUCCCCCCCCCAACCUCCCCAUGGAACCUAACGAGAUCUCUAAACAUUUAUCAUUUGAUUUUUUUUUUUUAAAAUCUGCCCCCGUAACAUGCAGACACCGGAACCAACUUUAUCCCAAUACACAGUGGUUCUCAACCUCCCCCAAUGCCGCGAACCUCCAAAUACAGUUUCUCAUGUUGUGCUGAGCCCCAUUAGUAAAAUUAUUUCCGUUGCUACUUCAUAAACAUUUGUUUUGCAAUGUUCUUCGGCGACCCCUGUGUAAGGGUCGUUCGACCCGAACCCCCCGCCCCCACACACACAGACAAAGUUGUCGCGACCCACAGGUUGAGAGCCGCUGCCUUGACACAAUUUCUCAUGUUGUGCUGAGCCCCAUUAGUAAAAUUAUUUCCGUUGCUACUUCAUAAACAUUUUUUUUGCAAUGUUCUUCGGCGACCCCUGUGUAAGGGUCGUUCGACCCGAACCCCCCCCCCCACACACACACACAAAGUUGUCGCGACCCACAGGUUGAGAGCCGCUGCCUUGACACAAUAUUUGUUCUUGUUUUUGCCCUUCCAUGUUUGUUUUUUUUUGUUUUUUUGUCUUAACCCACGUGACAGGAUGAUGGACAAUAUUCCAGAUAUGAGGAAACGGUUCCACAAGUUUCCGGCCAGCUCUGCGGCCAGCGUUCUGAAGGUGGACAAAGAGUUCUUGAGACACUCGAGGAAGGUCAUCGUUGAGCUGGAUGAAAUGGUCAAGGUCCUGAAUGCACCGGAUGUUCUGAAGAGUCGGGCGUUAAAGCUAGCACGCCGCCAUCUUGAUCUGGAUCCACCAAUCGGAUCACAGUUUUUUGAUGUGAGCGUGAUUAAGCAAUUCGUGCAGUCUCGUGCGUAAACAAUCAAAGGUUUAAAACAAAAAAAAAAGUCUUUUUUUAAACCUAUUUUGCGUUUAAGAGUCUUCUUGGGGUACUGUAACAGAUGACCGAGCAAGCAUGUUCGUUCCAGGUAUUUAAAUACGUUAAUCGUUGCUCCUCUGCUCCUCAGCCGUUCUACGAGAAGUUUCACGUCUUCAUAGAGACCAGUCUCGACCUGCCCCCUGAGCACGAGGAGGUGCAGCUUUGGACAUCGUUCUUGAGUUUUAUCAUCGCUGUGCUCAAGGUGGAAGAAGCGAAGCAUCGCACCAAACCCAGCGACAGUGACAUUUGCUGUAUACUACUAUAGCAAAACGUAUUAAAUAACAUAUUGUACACUUUAAAAAAAAAAAAGUUUUGCUAGAUAAUAAAUGUUAUCAAGCAUGUAUUUACAUCACGUAAAUUGUGUAGACUCUCGCUGUAACAUUUCAUUAGGUG